AUGGGGCUGCUGGAGCCACUUGAAGAGGAGAAUACGGAAGAGAAGGAGACUCUUGAGGCUGCAGAAGGCCAGCGGCAGCAGCAACGUAGGCAAAGUGCUCCUGCAGAUCGAGAGCUGAGGCGCCUGCAGAAACGAUUUGGAAAACCCACCUACUGCUCUGUGCGCCAACCAAGAAGUUCUAUAUACGUAGGAGGAGGAACAUCCACUGCGCUUGCUGCUGUAGGGGAGGACGGGGACGCAGACGAUGCUGACCGUGCUGCAGAUACAUGGGACGGAACUCCUCCUCAAAGCGCACGGAAUGGAGGCAACAGUGAGGGGGAGGCACUGAUGGGAGGCGUAGACGUCGCCUUACAGCAACAGCAACCAGGUCUAGGAGCAGGCGGGAGUCGCCUUACAGCUGCGCCUGCGGGUGCAGCGGGCGGCUACUCAGACGAUAAAGUUAGACGGAAAUUUCUCCGCUCUCCGUGCAUCUAUCUAUCCUGCGCACCACCCUCCUUAAUGACCCCUGUUAGCGCCGUACGCCUCUUUUCUGGUAGCGAGCGAGCGGCCUGCGUUGCUGCUCCACCGUCCUGCGUUCUCGCAUGCAGCGCCAGUAACGCGAUUGCCAGCACGCCCUUCCCCGCUGCUCUCGGCUCAGCUAGCAGCAUGCGAGAGUAUGCUGGCUACCCCUACUACGCAUGUACGCUUGUCCGCAUUGUAGACAGCAACGGCUGUACGCGCACUACUAUGCGUCAUACUGGAAGGAAACUCAUUAGAACUGCUGGCAGGCGAGGCGCAGCUGCUGAGGACUUGCUGGGCUUGACGGUGGUGGAAGACGCCUUCGAUUUACUGCUGCAAGCGGCUGCUCUGGACGAGGAGCUCCUGCGGGAGCACCUGCUGCUGCAGUUGUUUGAGUUGCUGCUGCUGCGUCGUCAUGUACGCCCGACGCGUGUGUCGGACUGCGCCUUCCUGUAUAUGCUGGACAUCCAUCCGCCUGCAUGCGCUGCAGACGUGGAGGAGUACGUACGCGUGUUUCAGCGACAGCUGCAACUGCAAGAGAAGCUGCGUGAAGUGCUCCAGGGGGACGAAGAGCAGCAGCCGUCGGAGCCGCCCGCGGACCCGUCGCAGCUGCCCGAGGGAGACGGACCGGACGCCUUUAAUGCGGCAGCACCAGAAAGCGGAGCCGACGGGCAGACGGCACAGUCCCUUAUUGCCGGAGACGGGGACGAGGAAGUUGAAGCGCGGGCACGUCGGCUCAGUGUGGCGUCUGCUGCUCUGCUGGAAGAACUAGUCCUUUCACUAGAAGGGGAAAAGUCUUUUGGUGUUUCUGCGCAAAUGUACGUGCAACUGAUUCGGUUGUUGUUGCGUCUCGGAUCGACGGCGGAGGACUCCGCCAUCCACUUCAUCACCGGCGUCGCGCAGCAGAUCAUAUGGGGAUUCUCCGCCGAAGAUCUUAUGAAAGUGCUGGAGUGGCGGGCGGCCAGUAAUGUCACGCGCCUGUCCCCGCUACUCAUCUCCCCCAGGCGUAUAAUUGGUGUGUCGGCGCUGCAGGAGUAG